CGCACGUCGUCUCGGCCGCGGGUAUCUCUGGCCCGUUUCCAUGGAGGCUGCAGGACCCACCCGGGGCGUUUCUGAGAGAUCCUUGUUUUUCUCCUCGCCAGAAGAGCCAGAGGGGGAGGUGGAGGCAGAGGAGGCCUCUGAGCCAGCAGCUGAGGCGGCGGAGGCGGGCACGGGUCUCAACCCCCUCCUGCGGCCCGUCCUCACGGGCGACGUGGAGAGUCUGCAGGAGAUCUUCGAGGACCCGCAGCACGAUCAGGCCAUGCAGUUCCUCCUGGCAGAGGACGUGGUGGGCAGAAACCUGCUGUACGCCGCGUGCAUGGCCGGGCAGAGUGACGUGAUCAGGGCUCUGGCCAAGUACGGCGUGAAUCUGAACGAGAAGACCACCAGAGGUUACACACUUUUACACUGUGCUGCGGCCUGGGGGCGCCUGGAGACCCUGAAGGCCCUGGUGGAGUUGGAUGCUGACAUAGAAGCUCUGAAUUACAGGGAGGAAAGUGCUCGCGAUGUGGCGGCUCGGUACUUGCAGACUGAGUGUGUGGAAUUCCUGGAGUGGGCAGAUGCCAGGCUGACUCUGAAAAGGUACAUCGCCAAGGUCUUUGCUGGAGUGACAGACACAGAGAAGGGACAGCCGAAGCUCUUCAAAGAAGACAAGAACACGAUCCUCAACGCAUGCCGGAUGAAAAGCGAGUGGCUGGACACGCACCUGCAGGCAUCCAUCAAGGAAAUCUAUGAGCAGAAGCAGCACCUGGAAGACAUCGUGACUCCCAUCUACACGAAAAUGAGCCUCGCCCGUCAAGUGAGAAGUGCCAAGUCUGUGAAUUAAGGCAUGGUCAGGAAGGAGGUCCCGAUCGUACCUUCUGCCGAGCACUUUUCACGGAACCACAUUUCCCUGUGGCGUUGCUAGAGCA